AUGCAGAAGGAUAAUCUGACCGAGGUCUCUGAGUUUUUCCUCUUAGGAUUUCAAGUCAGCAAAAAUGUAAGAAUUUUUUUGUUCCUUUUUCUACUUGUGGUUUAUUGUCUGACAAUAUGUGAGAAUCUCCUGAUCAUCACCCUGGUGUCCACCAGCAAGAACCUCCACACCCCAAUGUACUUCUUCAUCUCACAUCUGUCCAUCAGUGACAUUUUGGUUAUCACCGAUAUUGUCCCCAACUUGCUCCACAUCCUACUGAAUAAUGGGGGGACCAUGACUUUUAUUGGUUGUAUGACUCAGUUGUAUCUGUUCUCUGCUUCAGAAUCAUUUGAAUGUCUUCUCCUCUCUUUGAUGUCUUAUGACAGAUAUGUGGCCAUCUGUAAUCCUCUCCGUUACUCCUCUAUCAUGACAAGUGGACAUUGUAGGACACUGUCUAUACUAUGUUGGCUUCUUGGAUUUUCUAUUAUUUUGAUUUACAUUAUCAAAACAGCAAAGCAAAAUUUCUGUGGCCCAAAUAUCAUUGACCAUUUAUUCUGUGAUAUGGUUCCUUUACUAGACCUUGCCUGUUCUGACACCUUUAUUAUCCAUAUAGAGAUUUAUAUCAUAGGUGUACUACUUGUGAUAAUUCCAACCAUCAUCAAUGUAAUGUCUUAUAUUUAUAUUGUUCGACAAAUCUUAAGAAUUCCAACCAAUACUGGUAGACAGAAAGCCUUCUCCACCUGUAGCUCCCACCUCAUUGUGGUCUCCAUAGUCUACUGGACGAUGUUCAGCGUAUACAUUGUCCCAACGAAAAAAACAUUCACUGUGAGCAAAAUCCUCUCCUUGUUAUAUACUGUAUUUACUCCUUUGGUCAACCCCAUUAUAUACAGUCUGGGGAAUAAAGACAUUAGAAAAGCCAUACAGAAAACACUUCAUAAGCGGGUGAUCUGGUAA